AUGGGGCACAGGAGGUUUAGAGAGGUAGCUGAAACAGAUGGUUUGCCUUUCUUGCAAGGAGUAUUUCUGUCUUGUUUGAAUAAAAGAAUGGAAGUGGAUGACUGUUUUGAAGGAAGGAAGUUGAUUAAGAACAUGUUUUGCAAUAGAAAAAUUCUACUUGUCCUUGAUGAUGUGAGUAAUGUAAGCCAACUUGAGAACUUGGUUGGAAAAAAAGGAUGGUUUGGGCAUGGGAGUAAAAUAAUAAUUACUACUAGAGCUGUGAUUAAAUAUGCCGGAGGCCUCCCUUUGGCGCUCAAAGUCUUAGGUUCAUUUCUUUGUGGAAGAACUAUAUCAGAAUGGAAUGAUGCACUAGCAAAGUUCAAGAAGAUUCUCCAAAUGACAUUUUGA